UCUUUAGAUUGGAAGCAAAAGAAAAAAAAAAAGAUAAUCCCUCCCCGUCCCCCGCUGCCCGGAGGCGCCGGCGGAGGUCGCCCUCCUCUGCCGCUACCGGCGCCCGGCCGCCUUUCGCUCCGGCCUCCCACCGCCCCACGCACCUGCUCCCUCUGCCGCUCCCCCCGGGCUGCCUCGCGUCCGCCCUCUGCACCAGUUCCCGCGCGGGGCCGAUCCCGCCGCCCGCCGGAGCGCGUCGGCGCCGACCGCGCCGGUGGAGCUCGUGGAGGCCGCGUUCAGGAGCCGGAGAGGCGGUGUUGGGCCUAGUUCCGCGCCGGGCUCCCCGCGGCCCUAGCUACUGUCAGAAAGAGAAAGCUCCAGAUUUUGCUCCGAUGAGCCGCCGCCGCCGCCAUUCCUCACCCGCGCCGGCGCUCCCGCUGGAGGACGAGGACCUCCUCCGCCUGCCUCGUCUGCAAGCGCUGGCGCGGCGUCCUCUCGGACCCCCGCUGCUUCCUCGCAGGCACCACCGGAGGCCCCCGCUCCUCGGCUUCAUGACUGGCAAGCCGCGGUGCUGUGUGCUGAUGCUGAUGUCAAAUGUGGUUCUUCUGGUUACGUUCGUGCUCCCACUUGAGUCAAUGCGGUUCAGAAGAAUUUCUGAAAGAAAUGGCUGGGAUAAAACCAUCCAUUAUGCCUACAGGAAUUUCUAUACUGCAGGGGAGCUGGGUGAAACUCUGAGCACGUGAGAUCUGCUAAUGUGCGAUAUGUUGGUUGACCAGGGACGCCAUGUGAGGAACAGGGGAUAUUGGGAAGGUCUUUAGAUCAGAAAACUUUCCUAGCAAAGCCUCUCUUAGAAGCCCAAUCUACCUGCGCUGCGACACAUCCUCUCCUUCUGCUAGUUGUAUUUUGGAACAUACAACUGGUAGUGCUGUUCUUCCUCAACAUGGCAACUUUGCUCACCGUUCCUCGUCCACAGUGCUUCCUCUGCCGCACACAUAAAGCUAGACAGAUAGGAUCAAGUCUGCUGCCUGGAUAGUUAGAGCCCAUCACCUAAGGCCAGUGACAGGACACCUCUCUGGUUUGUGCAGAAUCAAUGGGGUGGAUUGAGCUGCUGAAGCCGGUGGCGGCCAUGAUCGCCUUCGACACGCUCUUUGCGGUGAUGACAGUGCUCGUGAAGAAGGCGCUCGAUGGCGGCCUCAACCCCGUCGUUCUUAUCGCUCUUCGGCAGCUUGUCGGUGCAGCUUUCCUGGCGCCGAUUGCCUACUUCAAAGAAAGGAAUGCAAGACCAAGAUUCACAAAGGAGAUCUUUGCCUACUUGUUCAUGAGUGCGCUACUUGGGGCACUAUUCGCUCAGUAUCUGUUUUUCUUGGGCUUGAGCUACACCACUGCAACACUGGCUGCAACCGUCUCGAAUAUGACCCCAAUCUUCACCUUCCUGAUCGCCGUCCCUCUUCGGUCGGAAACAGUAGACGUGAGGAGCAAGGCGGGUCUGGCGAAGAUCGCAGGAACACUAGCGUCUGUCAGUGGUGCGAUACUGCUGAGCCUGUACAAGGGUGCUGCCCUGACUCACACAGCAUCUUCGACCCAAGAACACGGUGAAAAUGGCACAACGGGCAACAGUGGCAGCAAGGGGAGAUGGUUGCUGGGCUCGGCGUUGCUGCUGCUGAACUGCAUCACCUUCUCACUCUGGAUGCUGCUGCAAGGGAAGCUCACCAAGAAGUACCCUGCAGUCAUCUCCAGCACUGCAUUCAUGGCCUUGAUCAGCUCACUGCAAGCAGGGGCACUGGCAGUCACCACCCAAAGGCACCUCUCAGUUUGGCUGCUCCGAGGAAGUAUUCAGAUUGCAACCGUUCUUUUUGCGGGAGUGGGAGUAUCGGGGAUAGGGUAUGUGCUGAUGACCUGGUGCAUCGAGAAGAGAGGGCCGGUGUUCACUGCAGGCUUCUUGCCUCUCAUUCAGAUCAUUGCUGGAGUCCUUGAUCUCCUCGUCCUUCAUGAACAGCUUUACGUGGGAAGUGUGGUAGGUGCUGCUCUUGUCAUUGGAGGCCUCUAUCUUCUGCUCUGGGGGAAGAGCAAGGAAGCAUCGUCAGCUGCCAUUUUAUCAGAGAAAGGACUCGAAGAAGAUAAGGAGACACAGGAAAAUUUGUGAAGUAUAGAAAGGGCAUUCUUACUAGUUAGUGGGGAUGUCAAGAAUGACCCUAAAUGUUCCAACUAUCUGCCCUGGCCCAUGCUCUAUGUACGUUGCUACAACUUUGAAUAAGUCAGUGUCAUAUUUGUGCUCA